CUCAUCCAUUGCUCUUGCUCCGUUUCUCCUACCUCAUCCGCUUGGUUUCUCAGUGAGAAUACAGUGCCAACCUCAAACCUCCUGACGGUAGCGCAUCUGCUUGUUACGUCUGUCCUCCAGCCUGCUAGACGGUACAUAUUUCACUGGCACCUCAACCGACUGUUUCUGCUUCACAACGCUGACAUUAGCUUUCAAUACUGAUGCUACCGUUCCUUCGCUCUCCUGCAGAAGGUUGCGCCUUGAACUAUCGUCUUAGCUUAAAUUAUAAGGAGCAAACAUUCUCCUAGUGUGCCUUCUGCGGUAUUUCGUCAUUUCAACCUCUAGAUGCGAAGCUCUUAAUCUUUCCGCGUAGCUCCACGGUUCUACCGGUCAGGUGCUUCUAGCAAUGGCUCCCGGGGAUGGGUUCGAGUUCGGCGGAGAGCGAGUAGUCGUCGGUGUGAGCAAGGACCCCUCGUGUAAAGACGCGAUUAAGUGGGCUAUCACGAAUAAGCUACGGAGUCCCGAUGACAUCCUUAUUCUGCUUCACGUCGUCACUAAGAUCCCAAGCCCCAACAUGGGGACGUACGGCGCCGGAGCCCGCGGUGGAGCAGGCGCGGAGAUGUACCAGAGCGAGGUGAACAACACCAUGUUCGUGCACUACGUGCGCACCGUCGUGCAGCCCAUGAUGCUGUCGCUCAAAAAGGUCGUCGACCCCAAGAUCAAGCUGGAGCUGAAGGUGGGGCGUAACAACUCCCGGGAGAAGGGCAUUGUGGAGGAAUCGAAGAAGCUUAAAGCCACGUCGCUCGUUAUCGGCACCAACGCCAGAGGCAUGUUCAGCAUGCGCGGCAAGUCAUCUAGCACGGGCGCGUACUGCGUGCGGUACAAGCCGCCGGGCAUAUCGGUGUACGUGAUUCAACGCGACAAGGUGAUCCUCUUCAAGGAGGCAGAGGGCUCGCCCGCCUCCUCCUCCACCGGCAGCCCCGCGGGGUCGGGCGUCAUGCUGCCGCGCCCGGGCCCGCCGGGGGGGUCCGGCUCGGGGACCCUCGAGCCCACGUACAGCGGCGCGUUCAGCGAGCAGGGUGGAGAAUACGACGAUGGUGGCUACCCGCCCAGAGGCUACACCCCGUACGGCGGCGGCGGCGGCGGCGGAAGCGGGGAGCAGCAGGCGCAGAUGUACGGGCAGUACCCGCAGCAGCAGCAGCAGUACGCGCAGCACCAGCAGCAGCAGUACCCACCGCGCGGCUCUGGCGCGCAGCAACCCGGGGGCUGGGGGGGCGCAGGCGGGGGUCACGGGGACAUGCGCGGAGCGGGGGGGUAUGCGCCAGGGGUGAGGAGGGGUUACGGCAGCAACGAGUCGAGCCCCUCGGGAUCCGGCACGCUCCAGCCAGCCUACGGCGGCCCCGCAGCAGGAGGCGGGGGAAGCGGCGGACUCGCCCCCGGCGGGACCCGCUUCUCCAUGGACGCCGGAGCGGACGGGCAGUGGGGGGGCGCGGGAGGCGGGGGAGGCGGCGGAGGGGGAGGAUCCGCGCCGAAGGGCCCAGGCGGGCCGAACGAUAUCCAGCAGGCGGCGGCGCUGUCGGCGCUGGCGUGGUCGCAGGCGGCGAACAGCCAGGAGGGGCAGCGGCUGCAGUCGGACUACAUGGCGGAAUUCGACGCGUGGAAGCAGUCCAACCAGGCUGCCACCUACCAGCAGCAGCAGGACUUCAUGUCCGACCUCCAGACCCGCAUGGCUAAGGCGCGCGCGGCCCUCGCGGGGCUGCAGCUCGGGGGGGACGGGGGGAGCGGGACGGGGUCCCCCGGGGGCGCUGGAGCGCCAGCUUCGGGGGCGGGGUCCGGGGAGAUGCAGGCGCGGCUGAUGUACCCCGCGCCCGUCCCCGCGCCUAUUCCGGAUGGGCCUGCAACUGGCGGAAGCGGCGGGCAGAGCGCCAAUGAGAUCGACCUGCGCAGGGAGCUCGAGCUGAUGCGGCAAAGAGCAGCAGAGGCGGAGCAUGCACGUCUGGAAGCCGAGCAGCGCGCCCAGCGCGCCCUCUCGGAAGCGGACCGGUCCCUGCGCGAGGUGGAGGCGCAGAACAAGCGGCGCGAGCUGGAGACGGCCGUGCGCAUCGAGAUGGCGUCCCAGGAGGCGUCGCGUGCGAUCGCAGCGGCGGAGGAGGCGCGCAAGCAGGCGGGGCUGGAGGCGCAGAAGACGGAGGUGGCGAUGAAACAGGCCGCGAUGACACGGGCCGCGCUGGAGCUAGAGUCGAAGAAGAGGGUCGAGGUGGAGGCUAAGGCCAAGGGGGAGCGCGGCAGCGGGCGCAUGGCGGCGAACUAUAGAGACUACAGCUACGAGGACAUUGUGUUUGCAACGGAGAACUUCAAGCCGGAGCGCAAGCUGGGCGAGGGCGGGUUUGGCACGGUGUUCUCAGGCACGCUGCACCACACGCCCGUGGCAGUGAAGGUGCUCAAGAACGCGGACGCCAUGCAGGCCGCCAACGAGUUCCAGCAGGAGGUGGAAGUCCUGAGCCAGAUCCAGCACCCCCAUGUCGUGAUGCUGCUGGGGUGCUGCCCCAGCAAGUACUGCCUCGUCUACGAGUUCAUGGCCAACGGCUCCCUCGAGGACCGCCUCCUCUGCGCCAACGGCUCGCCGCCCCUCCCCUGGUACAUCCGCAUGCGCGUGGCGGCCGAAAUCGCCUCGGCCCUCCUCAUCCUGCACACGCGCCCCGUGCCCAUUGUGCACCGCGACUUAAAGCCUGGGAACAUCCUCCUGGACAAAAACUUUGUGGCGAAGCUGGGGGAUGUAGGGCUGGCGAAGCUGAUGCCGGGCCUCUCCAUGGAUCAGACGUACAUGAGGGAGUCCGUCCCCGUGGGCACCUUCGCGUACGUCGACCCCGAGUUCCAGCGCACCGGCGAGUUCGGGCCCAAGUCGGACGUCUACGCGCUGGGGAUCGUGCUGCUGGACCUGCUGACUGGGAGGAAGCCCAACGUGUACGAGGGGCUAGAGGAGGCUGUGGACGAUGGGGACGAGGGCGAGCUGAAGCAGUUUCUGGACGAGAAAGCGGGAGACUGGCCGCUGGAUAUGGUGAUGGAGGUGGCGCGGAUCGCAGUGAAGUGCUCGGAGAUGCGAAGGAAGAAGCGGCCGGACCUGGAGAAGCAGGUCAUGCCCGUGCUGGAUAGGGCCAGGGCGCGGGCCGCCAAGGCGGAGGAGGAGGCGCGGAAGGCCCCGAGCCGAAGGCCCAUGGCUGAAGCCCCGAGCGUGCUCUUCUGCCCCAUCACUCAGGAGAUGAUGGUGAACCCCGUGCUGGCAGCGGACGGGCACACGUACGAGCAGGAGGCGAUCAGGUCGUGGCUGGAGACGAGCGACAUGUCGCCCAUGACCAACCAGAAGCUGCCCUCCAAGGACCUCGUGCCCAACCACGCCGUGCGCUCCAUGAUCCAAGACUGGAAGCAGCGCAACGGCUAAGGACUGCCAUCAGGCAGUGCCUUAGGGGGGGGGAAAGAGGGGGGAGAAGGGGGUGAGGGGGUGUUGGGUGGAACGCCUUAGCUGCCGAGCAAGGACCUCGUGACCAACCACGCCAUGCGCUCCGUGGUUCAGGACUGGGGGCAGCGCAACGGCUAAGGGAUGGACUGGCAGUAGCAAUGGCUAAAGGCUGCCCGCAGGGCGGUGCCUUAGGACGGAGCGGGAAAUGAGGGGGGAGGGGUUGGAGAGGGAGAGAGGAGUGGAGGUGGAAGGAGGAAGGGUUUGGAACGCCUCAGGAGCACACACAUGCCACAUUCUCAACCACGUCGUGCGCUCCACGCUUCAAGACUGGAAGCAGCGCAACAGCAAGGGCCAUACUAGAACGGCAUUGCCUUAGGGCAGUACCCUAGAGGGGGGCAAGGGAGCGUUGGGACACCUGGGGUCCGCAAUCAAGCAGAGGAGCGUUGGCUCUUGGUCUGGAAGUGCGGUGGCGGGCUGGAUGCAGCUCAAUCCUAGAAAAGACUGGUUUCUUAGGCGCCUCCCAUGCAAGCAUCCUGUGCUCUCCUUGGCCUAGGGGACUGGACUGGCAGCAGCGCAGAGCCUGGAGGGAGCAGGGGAGGGUGGGUAGCAGGGAGUAGGAUCUCAUGUGCGACAAGGCAUGGGAGGAUGGGGAGUAGAAGCAUGGUGUGCACGCGAUGUUCAUGAUUAUGUAUGGACGUGGUGUGAACAUGCCUGAGGGAGGAUGUGGGAACAGAGGAGCCGGGUUAACUUGUAGGCGUGUCUGCUAGGAGUGCAAGUGGCUGUCUGGUGGAGCAUAUUAGUGAUUGGUGUGCCUGUGAUGAGCUGUGCACAUUUUUGUCUACCCAGCUGGUCAAACUGUGGAAUGGGAGUGCAGGAGAUGGGAAGGUUGCCAUUCACAGCACAGAGCUCGGCUGGGUUUGAGAGUUGAGAUUGUCAUAGGCAAUAGCUGCAGCAUCGGUCAUUCAUGGGGUGCCAUCGUGAAUAUUUAUGUUUUAUAGUUGAUGAGUGGAUGUACCACUGUGCAGUCUGUUGGUUGUAGAAGUGUAGAUGUUUGUGGAGU